AAUUGCACCGUUUGAAAGUAGCAUCAGUUGUCCGCGGAACCCGGACGCAUACUCAUCGGCAAAAUACGAUCAUGACAUUUGAAAGAGCUAUUCUCUUGAUGCUAGCUGUGCUAAUUGUCGUUCCAAAGGCACGAGCUAAACAGAAUGAGCAAACAGGAGCGGAAAUCAGUGAAUUAGAUAUGUUCAAUGAAUUAAAAUUGGCGUAUGUGAAGGAAUCGUACAUCAAUGAGUCGUUUGAAUCGUUGAAUGGUUUCACUCAGAAUGCAUCCUUCUGCAUUCAGGAUAAGGUAAAUGGAUCGAACACCUCGGAUCGGGAACAGUUCUCCGCCUCCUACUGCCCUCAGAUGCGGGAAGCCAUAGGCUGCCUUUCUCCAGCCAUCGACGAAAUCCGCAAACGUCUAAACGAAGACGGACUGGAGAUGGUGGAAAUCUUGAUGAAUUUCAUUUCUCAAGCUAUUGAACUGGCGUGUAAAAAUAAGGGAGAAAUUUUUUUCGAUCAUGGUGUGGAUCAGAACUGUAGACACAACUUGGGCAAAGGUCUUGAGAGCUGCUUGAGCAUAGGUUUCACCAAACAGACGCAAUGCGAUGACUUAGUCAAGAUGCGAAAAUGUCUGGUGACGAAAUUGAACGAGUGUAAUGCAUCUAGGCUUAUGGAGUUUUUCGAUUUGCUCUAUCAACCCCUGAGGAAAACUGUCGAUUGCAAGCAUAUCCUGUUGAUACACCUAUUGAGUACAAUUGGCAUUGCAUAGUGUUUUCCAGUAAGGAGAACUUCUGGCUUCCAGUUCAGAAGUCUGUUUAGAUUAAUUCCAAGAUAUUGUGUACAACUGAAAUUUACGGUAAUGGAAAAACAAAUCUCAUUUUGCAAAUCAAAUAAUGUUUUUUUUUAGAUUUGACCUGAAACGUCAAUUACAUAAACCUGAAUAAUGACUGAUACUGAAUAA